CCUCGCGGUGCGCAUGCUCUGCCCCGCCCUCGAUCUCGCUCCGCCCGCUGCGCAUGCUCUGCCUCGCGGCCUAGCCAGCGGGUACCAAAGCCAUGGCGUCGGAGCGGCUGCCCAUCCGGCCCGCCUGUUUGCUCGUGGCCAGCGGUGUCGCCGAAGGUGUGUCUGCCCAGUCCUUCCUCCACUGCUUCACACUGGCCAGUGCCGCCUUCAACCUGCAGGUGGCCACUCCUGGGGGGAAGGCCAUGGAUUUUGUGGACCUGACUGAGAGUAAUGCACGCUGGGUUCAAGACUUCCGCCUCAAAGCCUAUGCUAGCCCUGCGAAGCUGGAGUCUAUCGAUGGUGCCCGCUACCAUGCUCUCCUGAUCCCCAGCUGUCCUGGUGCCCUGGCUGACCUGGCCAACAGUGGUUCCCUGGCCCGCAUCCUGCAGCACUUCCGAUCUGAGAGCAAGCCUAUCUGUGCCAUUGGCCAUGGUGUUGCUGCUCUGUGCUGUGCCACCAGUGAGGACAGGUCCUGGGUGUUCCAUGGCUAUAGCCUGACAGGGGUGCACCUUGGGAGAAGCUGGCAAUGCCUUUGGCCACAGCCCAUGCUAGACAGCCCGAGCCCCACUCAGUCACUGGGUCCUCAGUGGGCAGAAAUGGGUCUGGGGACACCAGCGUCUAAGACCUGUGCCCUCCUAGCCAGUGAGCCUGAUGCCGUGCACGUUGUGCUAGAUCGCCACUUGAUCACCGGGCAGAAUGCCAACUCUACUGUCCCUGCUGUACAGAACCUGCUGUUCCUCUGUGGCAGCCGGAAAUAAAUCUGCCAGCAGACACUACCGCGACAUGGUCCAGGUGUCCUCAAGAGGCAGCUGGACUGACUCUCUGGCUCCAAGGAUUCCACUGUUCCCUGCCUGAUGAAAUCCCUUGAGGAGGCCAUGGCCUGGACUCAUUUUGGGGAAUCGGCUACUCUCUGGAGAAGCCAUGCUUUCCUGGUCCCUUAGUGCCCAGCAGUCUCCCCAGGUGGAUCGGGGAUGAUCAAGAGCUGGUGGCCAGAGAGCCCUGAGAAUUCCUAGUUUUGUGUUCUUGGAGAGCUGGUUGGCCAGUGAAGUGGAAUCCACCAUGGGUAUUCAGGAAUGGCCUCACCCGUUAGUUGUUACCCCAUGGGAGGCUCCCUCUGACCAGGGUGAACAGGGUUUGAUCAAGCUUCAGCCCUGCACUCCUGCUGAGGGAGGAGAGGUCCUCACUGCAGCUGGGAUGGUACUGGAACCCUGGCAGUGAACACAGUGAUGUCACUGUGGUCCAUGUGGCAUCGGGAGUGUCUAGUGGAAAGAGCCUUUCCCAUGAUGCCCAGACCCGGGCUCCAUCUACAGAAGCAUGGGUGGCUUGGGCUCUGUUGAGAUAGGAUGAGCCCUGGCUUCCUGGGCCCUUGACAGGCCUUGGCAGGGAGGGAGGCACCAGAGUGGCUGCCCUCCUGCAUACAACUCAUUUGCUUUCUCUCCCGCUGGGCCCCCUCUGCGCAGUUGCUGGCUCUGAGUCAAGCUCCCCAGAAGCACCAGCCCCCAACCCAGUUGGGGCCUUCCCUUCCCUCCCAAUCCUGCACUCCCAGCUUGACUGGUUCUGCUGGCCACGUGUCCCCAGGCACGGGGUAUCUCUCAUGACAGAAGAUGUGGGUGGGAGGCCCUUGAUUCUGCAGGACCCAAUGGAAGAAGACACCAAGGCAGCCCCACUUGGGGCUGCUUCCUUCCAAGAUGGGCUGCUGUAUGCCUUGUGCUGCCCAGUCCACUCCCAGUGUGUCACAUACACACCUUGACAAAACUUCAGAAGCUUGAGUUAUGUCCUGGCUUAUUCUGUCCACACAGCUGGAACAGAAAGUACAAACACAUAAAGCAGUGCAGGGCAUUUCCACGGUUCUAGCAGAGCUGUCCUGUGAGGGCUUCCUGGCUUCUGGCUGUUCUUCAUGGUGGUGGGGUUGGGUGUGUGCUGGGCCCAUUCCGAUAAAGGCCCUAAUCCCACUCAUAGGAGCCCCUCUGGCCUGACUGAAGACCCUCCAGUGCUAGGGUCGCCAUCCUGUUGGGAGCUCUGGGGGACACAGACGCAACCCAAGGCCAGCAUUUUGGAUGGUGUGGCAUCUGCUGAACACUUCUGUUUGGGUUGCUUCAGCGCUGCUCCCCAGAGGCUAAGCGUCCAAGGGGAGGGGACAGAGCCUCCAGCAUCGCAGCAGCGGCAGAGGUAGAGCUGGCAGGCUUUUCCCCCCUAGGUUGUGUUUGUAAGCAGAGCCCAUGUGUCGCCAAAAUUGUAGCACGUGUAUCAAUUAAAAAGGGCAGGUUGGCUUCCCUAUGAGGUGUA